GACUGAGGGCAAACAGAAGCGGGUGCUGUUCAUCAGAGCCAUGUUUGACUAUGACAAGAGCAAAGACAGUGGCCUCCCAAGCCAGGGUCUCAGUUUUAAGUAUGGAGACAUCCUUCACGUCAUCAAUGCCUCGGACGAUGAAUGGUGGCAGGCGAGGAGGGUCACUCUGGAGGGAGACAGCGAGGAGAUGGGAGUUAUACCCAGCAAGAGGAGAGUUGAAAGAAAGGAGCGGGCACGUUUGAAGACCGUGAAAUUCAAUGCGAAACCUGGUGUAAUUGAUGCAAAAGGGUCAUUCAAUGACAAGCGUAAAAAGAACUUCAUCUUUUCACGAAAAUUCCCAUUCUACAAGAGCAAGGAGCAGAGUGAGCAGGAAACGAGUGAUCCAGAACAACAUGUUUCUUCUAAUGCCAGCGAUAGUGAAAGUAGCUACAGAGGCCAGGAAGACUGCAUCCUUUCUUAUGAACCUGUCACCAGACAGGAAAUUAAUUACACCAGGCCGGUUAUUAUUCUGGGUCCCAUGAAAGAUCGGAUCAAUGAUGAUUUGAUAUCUGAAUUCCCUGAUAAAUUCGGGUCGUGCGUACCACAUACCACAAGGCCAAAGCGUGACUAUGAAGUGGAUGGGAGAGAUUAUCACUUUGUCAUUUCAAGAGAACAAAUGGAAAAAGAUAUCCAAGAGCACAAAUUUAUAGAAGCUGGGCAGUACAAUGAUAAUUUAUACGGAACUAGUGUCCAGUCUGUGAGAUUCGUGGCGGAAAGGGGCAAGCACUGUAUACUCGAUGUGUCAGGAAAUGCUAUCAAACGACUACAAGUUGCACAACUCUAUCCCAUCGCUAUCUUCAUUAAGCCUAAAUCAUGGGAGCCUCUGAUGUAA